AUGGAGUGGAGUCAAGAUAAAACUGUGCAACUUAUCGAAAUCUAUCGUUUACAUCCUGUGUUAUGGGAUUGUAAAUUAUCUGAGUAUAAACUUCGAGAAAAACGACACGACGCUUGGAACGAGAUCGCCAAUUCGUUAAAUGUAGAGAAGGAUGAAGUUGAAAGAAAGAUUAAAAACCUUACAAACCAUUUUUCUAGAGAGUCCAAGAGAGUUAGAGAAGAAAAAAUUGCAAAUACAAAAUCUGGAAGUGGGGAUUCGACAUAUGAAGGAAAAUGGUUUGCAUUUAAGAGCAUGGAAUUCCUGUGA